GGCACAAGUGCAGAACAGGACAAUCGCUUCAGCAACAAGCAGAAGAAACUUCUAAAGCAACUGAAAUUUGCAGAAUGUCUGGAAAAGAAGGUAUGAUAAACAACAAACUAGCAUCAAAGCACAUCUUCUAAUUGAAUUGAAAUGCCCCCACAAGUAAAUAUGGUAAAAUAAUGGCGUAACAGAAUGGCACCGGAGGAGAUGGCUGCCGUUUUAUGGGCUCCUAACCAUUUGUGCUAUUGUGUGUUUUUUCGUACAUAAUGUUUCUGCCACCGUCUCUUAUGACCGAAAAGAGCUUCUGGAUAUCAGGACAGCGAUUAUUCACCUCGUAUUGGACAAAGAUUUUUUCUUUAACGAGUCGGACGCAAAGGAUUUUCUGCAGACACCCGACAAGGCCCAAAUCCCUGUCAUUCGCAUGUGAAAGAGAUGGAGAUGUCGGGGUGCCUUGUAAGGAUCCGACGGCGAGUGUGUAAUCUGCCUCUACCAUCAGUUUGUAUGGAUAAGAGCGUCUGCUAAAUGACUUAAAUGUGGCGCACAAUUGGUCCAGGGUAGGGGAGGGAAUGGCCGGCAGGGAUGUAGGUCGGUAACUGUAAGCCGCUCUGGAUAAGAGCGUCUGCUAAAUGACUAAAAUGUCAAUGUAAUGUAAAUCUGUCCUAUUAGCCAACGUACAAUAAUUGGAUAAAAAAAAUAGACUUAACUAAGAUCGUGGAUAUCCUACCAACGGGACAUUAAAAAUAUAAUAAUAUCUUAUGUUUCACCGAUGGAUAACAUACAGCUGGCGGGAUAUACGCUGUGUCGGCAAGCUGGAACAGCUGCCUCCGGUAAGACAAGGGGUGGCGGUCUGUAUAUAUUUGUAAACAACAGUUGGUGCAUGAAAUCUAAUAUUAAGGAAGUCUCAAGGUUUUGCUCGCCUGAGGUAGAGUAUCUCAUGGUAAGCUGUAGACCACACUAUUUACCAAGAGUGUAUUCAUCUAUAUUUUUCGUAGCUGUCUAUUUACCACCACAAACCGAUGCUGGCACUAAGACUGCAGUCAAUGAGCUGUAUAAGGCCAUAAGCAAACAGGAAAACGCUCAUCCAGAGGCGGCACUCCUAGUGGCCGGGGACUUUAAUGCAGGGAAUGUAAAUCAGUUUUACCUAAUUUCUACCAGCAUGUUAAAUGUGCAACCAGAGGAAAAUAAACUCUAGACCACCUUUACUCCACACACAGAGACGCGUACAAAGCUCUCCCUCGCCCUCCAUUUGGCAAAUCUGACCAUAACUCUGUCCUCCUGAUUCCUGCGGACAAGCAAAAACUAAAGCAGGAAGCACCAUUUGACUUGGUCAAUAAAUAAGUUGUCAGAUGACGCAGAUGCUAAGCUACGGGACUGUUUUGCUAGCACAGACUGGAAUAUGUUCCGGGAUUCUUCCGAUAGCAUUGAGGAGUACACCACAUCAGUCACUGGCUUCAUCAAAGGGUAGAGCUGCCGCUUUCAAGGAGCAGCACUCUAAACCGGACGCUUUAAAGAAAUCCCGCUAUGCCCUCCGACGAACCAUCAAACAGGCAAAGCGUCAUUACAGGACUAAGAUUGAAUCAUACUACACCGGCUCCGACGCUCAUCGGAUGUGGCAGGGCUUGCAAACGAUUGCAGACUACAAAGGGAAGCACAGCUGCGAGCUGCCCAGUGACAUGAGCCUACCAGGCGAGCUAAAUUAUUUAUAUGUUCGCUUCGAGGCAAGCAACGCUGAAGCAUGCAUGAGAGCAUCAGCUGUUCCGGAUGACUGUGUGAUCACGCUCUCCGUAGCCGAUGUGAGUAAGACCUUUAAACAGGUCAACAUUCACAAGGCCGCAGGGCCAGACGGAUUACCAGGAAGUGUACUCCGAGCAUGCGCUGACCAACUGGCAAGUGUCUUCACUGACAUUUUCAACCUGUCCCUGACUGAGUCUGUAAUACCAACAUGUUUCAAGCAGACCACCGUAGUCCCUGUGCCCAGGAACACUAAGGUAACCUGCCUAAAUGACUACCGAACCGUAGCACUCACGUCUGUAGCCAUGAAGUGCUUUGAAAGGCUGGUCAUGGCUCACAUCAACACCAUUAUCUCAGAAACCCGCCCCGACAGAUCCACAGAUGAUUCAAUCUCUAUUGCACUCCACACUACCCUUUCCCACCUGGACAAGAGGAACACCUACGUGAGAAUGCUGUUCAUUGACUAUAGCUCAGCGUUCAACACCAUAGUGCCCUCAAAGCUCAUCACUAAGCUAAGGACCCUGGGACUAAACACCUCCCUCUGCAACUGGAUCCCGGACUUCCUGACGGGCUGCCCCAAGGUGGUAAGGGUAGGUAACAACAUCUGCCACGCUGAUCCUCAACACGGGGGACCCUCAGGGCUGCGUGCUCAGUCCUCUCCUGUACUCCCUGUUCACCCAUGACUGCAUGGCCAGGCACGACUCCCAACACCAUCAAGUUUGCUGACUACACAACAGUGGUAGGCCUGAUCACCGACAACGAUGAGACAGCCUAUAGGGAGGAGGUCAGAGACCUGGCCGUGUGGCGCCAGGAUAACAAUCUCUCCCUCAACGUGAUCAAGACAAAGGAGAUGAUUGUGGACUACAGGAAAAGGACAGAGCACGCCCCCAUUCUCAUCGACGGGGCUGUAGUGUAGCAGGUUGAGAGCUUCAAGUUCCUUGGUGUCCACAUCACCAACAAACUAUCAUGAUCCAAACACACCAAGACCGUCGUGAAGAGGGCAUGACAAAGCCUAUUCCCCCUCAGGAGACUGAAAAGAUUUGACAUGGGUCCUCAGAUCCUCAAAAGGUUCUACAGCUGCACCAUCGAGAGCAUCGUGACUGGUUGCAUCACUGCCUGGUAUGGCAACUGCUCGGCCUCCGACCGCAAGGCACUACAGAGGGUAGUGUGUACGGCCCAGUACAUCACUGGGGCCAAGCUUCCUGCCAUCCAGUACCUCUAUACCAGGCGGUGUCAGAGGAAGGCCCUAAAAAUUGCCAAAGACUCCAGCCACCCUAGUCAUAGACUGUUCUCUCUGCUGCUGCACGGCUUCUUAACAGCUUCUACCCCGAAGCCAUAAGACUCCUGAACAGCUAAUCAAAUGGCUACCCGGGCUAUUUGCAUUGUUCCCCCCCUCUUUUACACUGCUGCUACUCUGUUUAUUAUCUAUGCAUAGUCACUUUAACUCUACCUACAUGUACAUAUUACCUUAAUUACCUCGACUAACCUGUGCCCCUGCACAUUGACUCUGUACCGGUACCCCCUGUAUAUAGCCUCACUAUUGUUAUUUUACUGCUGCUCUUUAACUAUUUGUUACUUUUUAUUUCUUAUUUUUUUAUUAAAUGUUUUUUAGUUUUUUUUUAUGGUAUUCUUUCUUAAAAUUGCAUUGUUGGUUAAGGGCUUGUAAGUAAGAAUUUCGCUAAGGUCUACACAUGUUGUAUUCGUCGCAUGUGACAAAUAAAAUUGGAUUUAAUAGGCAUAACUUCUGUAUUGCCUAAUUUGGUUUAAAGGGAUACUUCAGGAUUUUGGCAAUUAAGCCCUUUAUCUACUUCCCCAGAGUCAGAUGAACUCAUCGAUGCCAUUUUUAGGUCUCUGUGUGCAGUUUGAAGGAAGUUGCUAAAUAGUGCUAGUGCAAUUGCUAACUAGCGUUAGCGCAAUGACUGGAAGUCUAUGGUAUCAUGCUAACAUACCCAUAGACUUCCAGUCAUUGCGCUAAUGCUAGUUAGUUAUUGGCUCACGAAACUACCUCAAACUUCCUUCAUACUGGACACAGAGAUAUAAAAAUGGAAUCCAGAAGUUCAUCUGACUGGAGAAGUAGAUAAAGGGCCUCAUUGCCAAAAUCUCUACGUAUCCCUUUAAGUGUGCAAUGGGUUGAAGUUAGGAAUGUGUUUGAACUUCUUCCUGAUUCUUCCUCCCCUAGGUGGAUAUGACCAAGGUGAACCUGGAGGUCGUCAAACCUUGGAUCACUCAGCGAGUGACUGAGGUCCUGGGGUUCGAGGAUGACGUCGUCAUAGAAUUUAUAUUUAACCAGCUGGAAGAAAAGGUAAUACUAUUGACUCCAAUUCCUCCCUGUUCUUGUAAUUCAGAUGUGAUUUAUAUUAACUUAAUAUAAGGCAAAGAGGUUUAUUUAACAGAAAGUGUAUUGAUAAGAAGGGACACAAUAUAAAUGCAGAUGGGGCAAGCGCGACCACCGGUGUCCAGUAUACAUCAUUUUUGAAUGACCCAACGUUUUUGCUGUGAUAUGUGACGAAGUGCCUUUGUGCCACAGUUUUCUAAUGAUGAUGUGAUUUAUGAUUCAAAAGGCCUGAACCAAUAUGGAUGUUAUACCUUGCAUCAGAAGUAUAGCACCAACACCUUAUUAGCUCUCUGCUGAGCCCAAAGUGUCACUGAGCCCAACUCUCCCUGAUGCAGUGUGUGGUUUGAGGUGAGUUAUGGUCAGGGAUCAACAUGCUAGUGAUAGAAACACUUGGAUAAUGCCAUGCCAUUUUCUCCAUAUACUUUUGAAUUGCACCACUAGUUUUUCUUUAUCUCCUCUGUAUCCUGUCUUUGGAGGGUGCUAAAAUUGACAGAAUACAGUUGAACUGUUAGGCUAUUGAUUCUCAUUUAAUUAGUUUAGACAAAAAUUACAUCAGUAGUAUCUUCAAUCUGGGCUGUGGCAAAACUGUGCUUUAAACAUUAUUACCAAGCCCACUAAGUGAUUUUGGUGAAUAUUACCAUGCACAUGGACGCUGUUCUGCAUAAAUAAGUUACAUCAGUGUACUAGUUGUCCAAGGUUUCCUUCCAGUUUGUUACAUUUCAUUUCCCCCUCCUUGAAAUUGCCCUCAAUUUGGAAAAUCCAAUCUCAUGGGUAAAAUUAUACUCAUGCGUUCUACCACUCAUACCACAUUUCCCCCCGCUUAACUAGCAUUUGGCCUAUAAAACAUGACUUCAAGGGGAAAUUAGAUUUAAUAAACUGGAUGAAACCUCAGAUAUAGAAAAAGGAAAUGUUCAAGGUUAUUGAUAGCCUUAUAGUUAAUCAACAACUGUUUUUUAAUGAACAAAUGUAUGACUCCCAACAACCCUAGGAUGCUUUAUAUUCAUACAAAGGUGUUACUGGAAUCCUGUAAGUUAUCUUACUAUCUGUUUUAGUGAACCUAGCCUAAUACUGGGAGGGAAAAUACAUUCAGCAACCGCAUACCAUAUCAUUUCUGUGCUGUUAUCUUUUGGAGGUGGGUUUUAAGCUAAAUGCUUUAACAGCACAGCAAUGAUAAGAAAAGUCCUUAUUCAUCAUUAUUUGUGAGCUAAAGGGGUAUCUAACUUUUUAAUUCUUGACCUACAUGUUGAAAUAAAACCCCUUUCAAAUGUUUUGUGCACUCAUUAUUGCUUGUUCGUCUCUUACAAUUUAGAUAAAUGAUAUAACAAUAAACUCAAGGUGGUUGAGUCUCAAGCAGUAGGGCGGCGGAAGCAAGCCAAGGGAGCGUCUCUUUCUGCAGGAGACUCGGGCGCUCCAUACCCACUGAUCCUGCGGGACACGCUGAAGACACCGGGACUGUACUUGCAGUGUUGGGUUUUGAUGCACUCUGUUUUGUGGAUAUCUGUUAAUCUCUCAAAGAGUAGACUUGGGAGACAGAGAACAACAGGGCAGGGAAACUAGUGGGGGGACUGGCAGGGAAAGAUAUCUGGUCAGUUAUUUUCCAUCAUGAUUGAUGAAAAUAUUAGUGAUGGAUGGGAGAUUUAUUCAUCAGAAUAUUUUAUGAUGGGUAACUCUGCCUUAAUGCAUGUAGUGGGGGUGCUUAUACAUGGAUGAUGUACUAGUUUUGUCUCCCCUCAGCUAUUCUCAGUUUCAGGUUUAAAUUACCUAACUAAUGGGGUGGUGAGAGAGAAUUUGAAUUGCACCAUUUUAUCACAGCCUCAACAGAACAAAGGUUAGGUUGCAAUGAAGCAGUCUGUGUUGGGGCCCAGGGGUCAUACUGUAGCUAUUGUCUUUUGUUAUGAAGAUGGCUGCUAUUAUUUAGCAGGCAGGUAUAGCUUAGUGAGGAAACAAAGGGGGAGGCAGUCGCUGAGCGAGACCCCCCCCCCCCCCCCCCCCCCACCCCCUUUCACUCUUGUGAGUUCUCCCUCCAUGUUAAAUUGGUGUGUUGUCUUUCUCUCCCCCUUGGUGUGUGUGUUGCAGCACCCGGACAGUAAGAUGAUGCAGAUCAACCUGACGGGCUUCCUGAAUGGGAAGAAUGCCAGAGAGUUCAUGAGGGACCUGUGGCCUCUGCUGCUCAGCGCUCAGGACAACAUCGCCGGUAUCCCCUCCGCCUUCCUAGAGCAGAAAAAAGAGGAGAUCAAACAGAGACAGGUAAGCAACCAGACACAAUCUCACAAUCACCACAUUGUCAGGCACAUGUAUUUGUACUAGGGCUGAAUGAUUGGGACAAAUUGUCAUUUUCUUUUUGCUAGAUAUUGACAUUUUCUAACACUUGUGAAAACUUGGUAAUUCCACCAGACAUGGUUAAAACAAGUGUCAGGGUAGAGAACAUCACUUCUAAAAUGAGAUCAUAUUUAUUAAUACGUACUGUGCUAACUAAACACAAAACCAAAUGAAACAUAUUUUCCAUCAUUGUUAUACUUAUGAUAAUAGAUAGGAUCAUUACACCUACAUAUUAACAUUAAUUUUAAACAUGAGCAUCAAAAUAAAGUGUGCUUUAAGUGCAGCACUUAUUCAUUAAUUAACAUGAUUUCCAAUUUUACCAUUAAAUAAAUAAUGAACUUAAAUAACAUAAGUUAAUUAUUUAUUCAGGCAGCCGUAGGCAAUGUGUAGCCUGUGUCCAAAACAUUUGGAGUCUGGUUCAGUCAUUCUACGCGAUGGCCUUGACAACGUGUGCGCUGUUAUCGUUAUGCACACUUGCUGCUCCUCAUUCAGUCCCCAGGCGGCUAAAGCUUCUUACAUAAUAAACAUAAUAUGCCAUUUAGCAGACGCUUUUAUCCAAAGCGACUUACAGUCAUGCGUGCAUACAUUUUUUGUGUAUGGGUGGUCCCGGGGAUCGAACCCACUACCUUGACGUUACAAGCGCCGUGCUCUACCAGCUGAGCUACAGAGCGAUGUUUUGUCCCGUGUGAUCUCCGGGGAAGUAGCCUAUGAUGUUUGCAAGCAAAGACCUUAAGUUGAAACUCCUUUUCAAGAAAGUGUACUGUCAAACGAAUGUAGGGCUCAGUUCAACUACGAAUGGUCUGUUGUAAUCGCAUAAUAAUCAACAUGUGUGCGCUCUGUUUCAACUUCUCGCUUCAAAUUGUUAUACAGUGUUGGGAUGGAGACUUGGGAGAAAUAUGUACGAGAUGGAAUCUUGUAUCUCCUGUCCAGCUUGUUAAUCACCUUGAAGCCGUCUUUGCUGACUGUAAAUAGGAAUCAUGUCUUUGUCUAUGAGAUAGCCUCAGUAAUUUAUAUCACCUAUGGGGCUGCGGCAGGGUUUCCGUUAACCGGUUAAUGCCGGCUUUUGGCCUAUAAAAAAAAUGAAAAGCCAAUAAAUACAACUGUUGCCGUCCAAAUUGUCUGGCAGAAAUAAAAAAAAUCCAUUGCAAAAUAAUGCUUUUUAUUCGUUGAUGGAAAUACCAGUCGAUGUGCUCCAACUUCAAAGGCAAAUAAAUCGUCAAGCUCCUUGGAAAUUACUGUCUGGCUCAGGCUGACCUAUUUUACUGUCUUUCUAUUAUUACUCACGCAAAAGACGUGAGGUCUUCAUGAGGGACUUCAGCUUAAUGUACCCUGAAAAAUUGUGUUGAUUAUCCCUGUUUCCGUUGUGCCCGCCGAGAGGGGAUUCUUUCUCCAAAACAGAGUAAAGACGUCCUCAAGAUCGCUCCUUCUUGAGAACAAAGUAACGAGGCUCUUGUGCGUCGCAAACUGCUCCGAGGAGUUGCACACUUUUAACUUCCCAACAGCAGCGGCUCACUUUGAGCAGGCCAAGGUCUGCUGCAAACGCAAGUAAAUUAUAGCGAAAUUAUUUUUGUCAGGCCUGGUCCUAGCAGUUCUGCUGCCGCCCUAGGCAAAAUGAACAUAUGCUGCCUUUGUCAUGUAUAGUAUGAAGAUUUGGUAAUUAUGUGUAUCAUGCACUAUUGGUGCAUUUUAGUUGAGCUUAUUCAGUUGCACUUGGAAACUAAACAUGGUUGCCAACUAUUCACAUCGGAGUUACAAUGUUGCAAUCACUAGGCAGCCAACUGCCUAUAGUCGAAAACAGAGUUAUCAAUAAGCCACGUAUAUCACACAUGACACGAGCCAUGACCCCAUGAUAGUUCAAAUUACAAUAAAAAUAACAUUAACAGCAGCCAGUAGAACUAAAAAGAGUGAGGUAAUUUGAGCUUUGGAAACGAGUGCUUUUAUAAAUGCAUGGUGCGGGCCUCGUUUCAGCCUUAACUAAUGUUUAUUUCCGUAUCAAAUUUGAUAGUCCAACAUCAGUUUUAUAAUUUCUUCAUUUUGUGGCUGCCUCGAGUGACCUCUUUCCACUGCUGUGGUGCUGAAUCGCACCGGUAGUGAGGCGGGCCGGCCCGGUCAUGGCUAGACGGGAUCCAGCUUUUGUCAAAUUAAUGUCAAAAGUAGAUUUUUUUAGCUAACCCUUUUCCUAAUUCUCCUAACCUGCUACAUUCAGCUAACCUGCUACUAAAAGUCAAGUCUGACGUUCAUUUGACAAAAGCUGGAUCUCUUCUAGCCGUGACCGACCGGCCCUGGUGUUCGUAGACAGACAUGUUUUGUUAUUUAUUAGGCCUAAAUAAAAUGGUCAUGCCUAGGCUAAAUUAAAUUAGAGGCCUAGAUUGUAUUUGAAAACAGCUGUUUUAUUUGUUAGUUAACAUUUUCAUACAAGUAAACUAUAGGACAGGUCAUUCGCAAAUUAUAUUAUACAAAUAUAUUUUGAGGUUGUUUUAUUACUGUGCAGGCGACUUGUUCUUCUAGGCUAAAUGUUUUUUAAAAAUAUUAAUUUAGGAUUUAUAGCAGGGAUGAAGAUGCAACGGGCUAUGUUUUGCUUUUCAAUAAAACCUGUCAUUUUGUUAUAAGAACAUCGUUCUACUUUAUUUUAUUACACCUUUACAGGAUAAUUUCCAUUCUGUUAAGAUGAAUUACAAUAAUCUAAAUGUGAUUUUGAGCACCGUGGGUGGACGCCCUAAUGCUUUAAGCACCCAAUGCAUGGAUGUCCGGUAAAUUUAAAAUGUUGCGAUUUGCAUUGUCCGGUGCCAAAUUUUACUAGCGUAAACCCUGGUCUGCAGGAUGUUUUUUCGUUAGUGCUAGCAGCACGCAUGUUUCCAACACACUUUGGAGGUGAAGCCCUUUCUCUCCUCACCAGCAUCUAACUGCGCUCUAAGCGGGGAUGCUUGUGAUUGACCAGCGUGUGCAUGCUAUGCAGCGAGUGAGAGCAAGCUUGUGAUUGGUCAGCAUCCUCUGUGCAUGUAGAGCGUGAAUGAACAGAGUAUAGUGCAUCUCAUUGGAGGAGGCACCAUAGUCUAGUUUUUGUUGCAUUAACGGAGUGUCAAAUAAAGAAAAUCGCAGCCUCUUGCGAUAUGGAUGUUGCACAUGUCAAUAUUGCAAUUUUGAUCUGAAUUUGAUUAAUCGUGCAGCCCUAAUUUGUACAGUGUUUUACUGCUUUGGCCUCGCAUGCUGUUGUCUGUUGCAGAUUGAGCAAGAGAAGCUUGCCUCUCUGAAGAAGAUUGAUGAUGAGAAGAAGGAAAAGGAAAACAAAGAAAACCGAGAAAGGGAGAGCCCCAGAAGGUAAGCAAGAAUCGCGUUAAAUAAAAUCCCUUGGAAGUCGACCUCAAUCAAAAUGUUAAAAGAUAGUUAAUAUGGCAUUGGCUCUUAUGUUGUUGUGGUGCAGGAGGAAGUCAAGGUCACAGUCUCCACGGCGACGAUCUCCAGUGAAGAGGGAGAGGAAGCGCAGUCACUCCCGCUCCCCGAGGCGUAAGCCCAGUCCCAGCAGCUCCCCUCCACCACCAGCUCCAGCUGUCACCCUGGUCAGUGUUACCCUGCCCCAGAGCACUGAGGAGCCCCAGCCUGAGCCAGACACCUCAGAGAGCGCCAUACCUGAGCCAGUCAUUCAGGAGGCCUCCUCCACCAGGUAAGGGAAAGGUUUGCAAUAUGCAGGGAAGUGAUUUGUCCUGAUUUGUUGAUUCAAUUUCUGACAUCAAAAUGAAAUCUAAUUUGUGGCAUGUUUUCAUUUCCCAGUGAUGUGGUGAAGCCGGACACUGUGGUUGUGGUACCUGACUCUGUGACGGAUGUCAAAGAACCCUCCCCAGAUAAGGCUCCCAAAAAGGAGAGGCCCAAGCCCAGGGAAAGGGAGAAGGAUGGCAGGAGAGAUAGGCCCCGCCACCGCUCUCGCUCCCAUUCCCGCUCCCGCAGACGACCCAGAUCACGCUCCAGAUCUUACUCCCCCCGGCGGAGGCCGAGCCCCAGGAGACGGAUGUCCCCUCGUCGUAGGAGCCCCCCCAGACGUGGCCCCCCAGGCCCCAGACACAGGCGCAGUCGCUCCCCGAUCCGCAGGUGAGUGGAGGGCCACAGAAGUGUAGCUGAGUUCAGAAGUGCCUGUCACUGAAGCUGUCAUUAACAGCCCUUUGGGAUUAACUAGCUACCUUACCAAACAGCAUGUGAUCCUGAGUUGUGGUUGAUUUGUGCUCUCUCCCCUAGGCGGCGCUCUCGCUCCCCAUCAUCCUCUGGGAGCAGCUCCACGUCUCGCUCACCUCAUAAGAAGGCAAUGAAGAGAACGUCGACCACACCACCCAGGAAACAGCCCCGCGGCCAUGCAGCUGACCCCUCCCUCAGCCCCUCCAGGAGAAGAGCCCCCAAUGGCAGCCCCUCUGGGAAGACACAACGCUCUGCCUCCCCUCGGGCCAGAAAGGGCCGGGCCUCAGCCUCCCCAUCCAGAUCAGCUGGUAUGUUAGCUCUACUUACUUUUCUCCAUUCCAUAAUGAACAAAAAUAUAAACGCAACAAGUAUAGUGUUGGUCACAUUUUUCAUGGGCUGAAAUAAAAGAUCCCUGAAUUUUUCCAUACGCACAAAAAGCUUAUUUAACAUUUUGUGCACAAAUUACUUUACAUCGCUGUUAGUGAGCGUUUCUCCUUUGCCAAGAUAAUCCAUCCACCUGACAACUGUGGCAUAUCAGGAAGAUGAUUAAACAGCAUUGUCAUUACACAGCUGCACCUUGUGCUGAGGACAAUAAAAGGCCACUCUAAAAUGUGCAGUUUUUUACAUUUGUCAUUUAGCAGAUGCUCUUAUCCAGAGCGACUUACAAAUUGGUUUGUCACACAACACAAUUCCACAGAUGUUUAAAGUGUUGAGGGAGCCUGCAAUUGGCAUGCUGACUGCCAAAAUCUCCACCAGAGCUGUUGCCAGAGAAUUGAAUGUUCAUUUCUCUACCAUAAGUCGCCUCACACGUCGUUUUAGAGAAUUUGGCAGUACGUCCAACCAGCCUCAAAACUGCAGCCCACGUGUGACCACGCCAGCCCAGGACCUCCACAUCCGGCUUCUGCAUAAGCUGUCAGAAACCGUCUCAGGGAAGCUCAUCUGCGUACUCGUUGUUCUCACCAGGGUCUUGACCUGACUGCAGUUCGGCGUCGUAACCGACUUCAGUGGGCAAAUGCUCACCUUCGAUGGCUACUGGCAUGCUGGAGAAGUGUGCUCUUCACGGAUUAAUCCCGGUUUCAACUGUACCGGACAGAUGGCAAACGGCGUGUAAGGCGUUGUCUGGGCGAGUGGUUUGCUGAUGUCAACGUUGUGAACAGAGUGCCCCAUUGUGGGGUUAUGGUAUGGGCAGGCAUAAGCUACGGGCAACGAACACAAUUGCAUUUUAUCAAUGGCAAUUUCAAUGCACAGAGAUAGAUACCACGACGAGAUCCGCGUUAGGAAGAGGGUGGGAAAGUAGAUCCUAUUACAUUUACAUUUUAGUCAUUUAGCAGACGCUCUUAUCCAGAGCGACUUACAGUUAGUGAGUGCAUACAUUUUCAUACUGGCCCCCCGUGGGAAACGAACCCACAUCCCUGGUAUUGCAAGCGCCAUGCUCUACCAACUAGUUACAUAGGUCCCCUGUAGCUCCAAGUCUGGGCACCCCUGCUAUACGUGCUUGUUUUGUCACACAAACUGAAAUUAGGCGAGCUAUUCACAUUUUAGCAACCAGGAAAUGACUGAGCGAUUUCUGCAUAGUGCAGCUUUAAACAGAAAAUCUACUCAAACUGUCUUUUGGUAUUUUUUAAUUAGUCCACUGUUGAUACAGUCCCAAAUGUUUUGCAUGUCAGCAGUCAAGUUUUCAAGAUACUGGAAUUGGAUAUUGGCAUUUUGCAUUAUCAUGAUGUGGCCGGUGACACAUUUUAUUCUUAAGUCCAAUAACUUGACUGCUGACAUGCAAAACAUUUUAGGACUGUAUCAACAGUGGUCUGUAGUGAACUCAGCCCUAUGUAACUUCCUCACCUUUACAUACACCCUUCCUCUAAAAGAGCAUCCAGGAAUGUCUAAACAAUCAGUGACCUGGAAACUAUUUACAUUACUUCAUCUCAAAUCCUAGGCAGGCCUAAUUUCAGAAGUGGAACACUUUGAGAGGCCUUACUGGCAGGCCUUGACUAAUGGAAACUGCUGAAUCAUAAACCUCUUUUCAGGCUGCAGCAAACAUCCUCUUCAAGCAUGAUUUAUCACUCUUACUACUAGUGUUAUACAAGCAUUUAUAUUUGUGAAUGAGUAUUCUUGCUGGAAAUAUUCUGGCACCUAAAACAUCUUUUUGCUUUUCAGGUUCAAAGAAGAAACCAGGAACGAGGAACGAUUCACCGUCUCCUGUUCCAAAACCCAGGCAGUCCGAGGCAUCAGAGUCAGGUGAGUCUGCCUUCUAGUGCCUGUCUUUGUGUGUCGUUCUGGUGUGAUGCACCGUGGGUGUGGGUGGAUGUUUGUGUUUAGCUGUUUUCUCUAGCACUGAACGGAGACUCACUGCUUUGCGUUUCAGAGGGGGCUACAGCAGAUUCUGUGCAGCAGCGACGUCAGUAUCGCAGGCAGAAUCGGGAAACGUCUUCAGGUUACAAGCGUUUUUUAUUUUGUGUUCCCCACCUCAGCCCAUCUUUUUUUCUAACCCACUGUGUCCGUCUCGUCUUGCACCCUCGUCUCGUGGAUCUUGAAGCUGUGCCUUAAUCCCCAUCCACAUGUUGCUACUGGGAAAUGACGUGUACUGUCUUCUUUCGGAUUGGUAACAGAGGCUGGAUCAUCAUCCUCCUCGGAGGAUGAGGGGUCCAAGAGGCCGGGCGGCGGGCCAGUGGCGAGGAACGGGGAUGUCAGGAGGAGGCGCAGUCACUCCCCCUCCUCCCCCAGGAGACGACACAGGGACGGCUCCCCCAGGUCAGCUACAGACAGUUCUCUCAUGCAGUCAUGAUUAUAGAUUUUGGACGUUUUGCCUAUACCAACAAGACACACACACACUGUCCCACAUCAUGCAUUCCUCAUGUAAAUCUUUGUUUUCCCUCUACAGAAAAAGACGCUCCCCUUCCCCUGGAGGACGCAGAUCUCCCCCAAGACGUCGCAGAUCUCCCUCUCCUCCUCCUAGGCGCAGGUAAAAGCCUUAUGCCUCUUCUUUCUUUGGGGGGGGGGGAAUUCCCUCAUUACUGAGAAUUCUCCAGAAUUCAGUGCACCACACCUGAGAUUCAAAGAAUAACUUGUCUCAUAUGUCCUCUUUGUUUCCCCAGGUCUCCCUCUCCACUGCCUCGCAGACGCUCCCCCUCCCCCAGACGGUACUCUCCCCCCAUCCAGCGGCGAUACAGCCCCACUCCCCAGGGCCCACAGAAAAGAAGGCUGUCAGGGUCUCCCUCUCCCAAACGCCUAUCCCCGGUGCCCAAGCGCCGUCCCUCCAGGUCCCCUAAACGCAGGAGUCCCCCUCCCCAAAAGAGACGUACACCUCCCUCAUCCACCUCUCCCCCCAGACACAGGAAGAGCCCCAUGCUCCCAUCCAACCGACCAGGCCGGGACACUCGCUCCCCCCCUCCUGCUCACAGUAACCGCCUGUCCCCUUCCCCUGCCAACCGUGGCCGAGCCAGUCCUCAAGGGCGCUUUGACACCUCUCCACCUGGCCAGAGGCGCCAGGCGUCCCCCUCACACAGCAACAGGGCAAUCCGCAGGGUGUCCCGGACACCAGAGCCCCGCAAGAACCAGAGGUAAGCAGGCUCUAAUUGGUCUUAUUAAAGCAAAAGCUUCUGCUGCACAACAAUAACUCACACCACUAUUUUUAGAUGUACACUGAGUGUACAAAACAUUAGGAACACCUUUCUAAUAUUGAGCUGCAGCCCCUUUUGUCCUCAGAACAGAGUCAAUCGUUGGGGCAUGGACUCUACAAGGUGUUGAAAGCAUUCCACAGGGAUGCUGGCCCAUGUUGACUCUAAUGCUUCCCACAGUUGUCAAGUUGGCUUGGAUGUCGUUUGGUUGAUGUAUCAUUCUUGAUACACAUGGGAAACUGUUGAGCGUGAAAAACCCAGCAGCGUUGCAGUUCUUGACACACUCAAACCGAUGCGCCACACCUACCAUACCCCGUUCAAAGGCACUUAAAUCGUUUCUUGCCCAUUCACCCUCUGAAUGGCACACAUACACAGUCUAUGUCUCAAUUGUCUCAAGGCUUAAAAAUCCUUCUUUAACUUGUCUCCUCUCCAUCUACACUGAUUUUGAAGUGGAUUUAACAAGUGACAUCAAAAAGGAUCGUGGCUUUCACCUGGUCAGUCUGUCAUGGAAAGAGCAGGUCUUCCUAAUGUUUUGUACACUCAGUGUAUAUUACAGAUAUAUCACACCUUUUCUCUCCGGUUUCUCCCUAUCAGAGCCUCUAAGAGCCCCCAGCCGAUGAGGAGAGCGUCAUCAAGGUCACCAUCUGGUUCCCCUAAACCAGGAGCCCUGAAGCGGCCAGCCGCAGGGUCCCCCUCUCCAGGCCGCUCAGCCAGUGGAUCGCCAUCUGCACCGCCAGCUAAAAAGGCCAGCAGCGGUUCUGGUAGCCCUUCUCCAAACAAGGUGAGUUUAAAGCUGCUAUCUGUUAAUAGUACGACGUGAGAUGAAAUAUUCGUUUUUUGACUCAACUAAAUGGCUAGAUAGGGGAGUGUUCUCCUGUGAGUAAAAGCUGGCGUGUGUUGUGUUUCUGGGCACCAAUACCAUGAUAACUUGGUGGAAGACUGAAGUAGUUUAACCAAUGAAGUUCAUAAUGCCCUCUGCUUGGCCCAACUCACUAAAUGCAAAUUAAAUACUUAGUCACUUAGUCACUCGUGGUAUUGCUUUGUCAUCCCCAUCUCAGAAUUCUGACACCGAGGCUGGAGGAAAGAAAAACAAGAAGAAGAAGAAGGAAAAGAAACACAAGAAGGAGAAGAAACAUAAGAAGCACAAGAAACACAAGAAGGAGAAGAGUGAUGUGCCGGUUGCUGUUGGGGACGACCAGGAGAACCUGGGGAUGGAGGGGGACGCAGACUCCAACCCAAAAAAGGUGAAGUCUACUCUUCUGAUUUACUGAGGGGUUUUAGCCUGCUUCACAUCAUCUCCGCCACUGCGCCUAGCAUCUAAGCGUUGCAUCUAUUUCAUUCAAGAUAAACAAAGUUAGACAAGGUUGUAGAAGUUGACUGGUGCACCAUCAUUUAUUGCAUGUCAUCAGCUAAUGUAUUCCUUUAUGGGGCGGCAGGUAGCUUAGUGAUUAAGAGCGUUGUGCCAGUAACCGAGAGGUCGCUGGUUCUAAUCCCCGAGCCGACUAGGUGAAAAAUCUGUCGAUGUGCCCUUGAGCAAGGCACUUAACCCUAAUUGCUCCUGUAAGUCGCUCUGGAUAAGAGCGUCUGCUAAAUGACUAAAAUGUAAAAUUAUAUUACUAUGAUGAAGCAUGCUGCAGCAUCUUACCACCUAACUUGCAACGUAACCGAAAUAUGAUAUAAUUAAUGCUACCUUUCCUUAAGGAAUCAGACAGUGAAGUAGAAGAGUGUCUCGACGACCUGGAGAAGCACCUGAGAGAGAAGGCACUGCGUUCCAUGAGGAAAGCUGGAAAGCUGUCCCCUCCACUGUCCUGA